GGUUAUCAUUCUGAAUUGUGAUCAAUGCAAAUGAAUUUAAAAAGGGAAAAUAGGAAAUUAGUUUGGUAGAUGCAUUUACAAGUUAUGACUUACUGCAUUGAUGAACACUUACAUUUAUGGAAACAUUUAUGUACCUUUUAAAAUCACAGCUUUUUCGCUAUGGAAUACUUCACGCAGCUUGGCUUCGCAUUACAUAUAACGGUGUUCAGAAGGACUUUAUUUCAGCGGAGGAAGCAGGAGACUAUGUUAAACUCUUGAUAUCGGGGUGAACUGCAUCAUCUACACAGCAGAGUCUUUUUCGCUCUUCUUUUAUUUUUAUUUUUUGCACUCGGCCUUCCAGCUCUACAGUAUCUGGAUUUUUAUUGAAGAUAUCGUCGUUGCAUUACUCCACCUAGAUUUUGUGGACUCACUUCUCUUAAAUCUACUUCGGUAUUAAUGUGGAUCUCUGUUUUGAGGCUCUGACUGGGUUAGAGUUUCUGUUUAUUUAAUUUUAUUAGUGUUUUUUCCUCGGCUUUACGUGCUACACUGUUAUAUUAUUUGUUACAAGUAUUUAAAAGUUAAGGACAUUAUAUUUGUUAUUGUGCACAGACUGUUUAUCAGACUUGAAGUCAGUGGGGGUUUUUUCUCUUACUGAAACUUUUUGUCUUGGUAAUUUUGUUGGUUAAUUCAUCUUACUCUCUGAGUUGUUUUCACAUUGUGGACAACUUUUGGUUAUUGUGGGAAACACUGCUGUCUCAUUUUUUUUAUGGAGACUUCGGGUGUGUGUGUGUGUUUGGGGGAUUGUGAGAGUAAACAAAACAUGGCAAUGCUUUGAAGGAUGUGAAUUGGAACAGAGUAAUGUUAGUCAAUUACGAAUCUGUUUUUAGAGGAUUUAAACCUAAUAUGGUGAACAAAUUAUAUUAUAGAAUUCAGGCAAUUUUAUUGGGGUUAUCUCAUACAGUGUGGCAAGUAAUAAUCUGGAAAGACCUAUGUAAUAUCACAGUCUAAAACUGGAUUUAAAGAGAAGCGAAUCAGUAAAUGAAUCGCAUAAAAAUGGAUCACAUGUAAAUGAAUCACAUGUAAAUGAAUCACAUGUAAACGAAUCACAUGAAUAUGAAUCACAUGAAAAUGAAUCACAUGAAAAUUAAUCAAAUGUAAAUGAAUCACAUGUAAAUGUAUCAUAUAAAAAUGAAUAAAUAAAUUUAAAUGAUAAAAUCACAGCUUUUGGCAGACCCUCUUAUCCAAAGUAGUUUACAGAAACAUUACAGAAACUUGUACAUUGAGCCAUACUUUCAUUGGUUUUGAAAGUACAUUUCCUCAAACAGCACUUAAAACUGCGUGUGAUGCAAUUUCCUGUUCUUGUCUGACGUAUAGUCUAUUUUACUGUGGUGCAUGCCUAAGUGCUGCCAUUUCCUUGUUAGCAUUUCACCUGGCAGCCAUCUUAAAGCUGAAAGAAGAAUGACAAGGACCUUUGGCAUGUCAAAAGGCAAAGGGAAGUGUCUGCGCGUGAGUUACCCAGCUACAUUCCUAGGCCCGUCACGAGUCUCUUUCGAACAACAGAUCCAGAGCCGUGCUAAGGAGAGAAAAAAAAUGGAACGAAGAGCAGUGAAAAGAAAGGCCUCAGUCAUGAGCGGCGUACCAAAUAAAAGGAUCUGCCAAAGAAAUGGUGAUGAAAGGGAGAAGCCUAUAUGCUCCGAGCCUUCGACAUCGCUGAUGCUGAUCAUCAGAGCUCAGGAUUCCUACAUGAAAGAGGCUUCAGGCUUAUACCAGUUUAUCAACACAUGUGUCCCAGACACAUUAUUGGCUUCCUUUCAUAUUCUUUACGCCAAACAUUUACAUAUAAGUGCCCUUCUAGUAUCAAAUGACUUUUUUAGAGUACUCAUGGAUACUUUAAACCUAAAAAAGUAUACUUAUGCUAGAGCUCUUUGGAUUAGACAGCUGGAGGAUUUUAAUAAACGUGAUCGUUUCAGCAAAAUAAAAGACCAUUUCCCAAUCAUUGAUAAACUGGUAUGUGCUAAAGUUGAUUAUCAUCAGGAAACCCCCAGCGGCCAUCCCAUAUAUGAAAAAACAUUGACCAAAUUUCGGUCAUUUGGUGACCUGAGGGCUUUGGGCCGUCUAUCCGAUCCAUCUCUUAUUCUGGUGCAUCGAGAUGUUCACGAUCCUCGCUACGAUGCUUGUAUGCAUUAUCGUCCGCCCCGGGCUGUUCUAGAUGACAACAAAAGGUAACUUUACAAAUCCAUCAAAAAGUCAUAUUAUACUGUAGACUUGGGGGUAUUUCAGAAAGCUUUAAGUAUAGUGAAAACAGAAGCUACCACGGACAUUCCACAACAGCAAAUGUAAAUAUUAACUAUUAAAACUAUG